AGAGACGACCGCGCGACGGCGCUGUAGCUUCCCGCCGUCCCCCAAACGUCGCCGUACAGCACAUAGACAGUCGCGCUCCAGUUCGGUUUGCUGUGCGUAGUUCGGCUCUGUUAUUUUCAUUUUGGUGAUUGUUGAUAAUAAUAACUUUAACCGAUUGACAUUCAGUGGACUGCUGUUGUUUUGUUUCAAUAGUGACAGCGACGAAAAGUGUCUCCGAAUGGAUUAAAUAACGAUGUUACCACCUACGGCCGGUAUAGCAGAAGAUAGCAACCGGCCUGACAUGGCAUACCAGCAGAGACGUGACGUUAGAGAAAUAACGAGGGAUAUUAUCAGAGACGCCCGCGUCAAUAACCGACAGUCCAUGUCGCCUGGAGUAAUUUUUGUUUCAGCGCGUGAACGUUUCCCAUCGACGUCGUCCACGGACGAGAAUGAGUCCGGUACCGAUGGCGAGGCGGACAGGUCGCGUCGUGCGCUGCAACACGCGCUGUCGCACGCGCCGCCGCCCGGCAUGGUGGCGGUGCGCAAGCGGCGCGGCAACCUGCCCAAACACUCCGUAAAGAUCCUCAAACGAUGGCUGUUCGAGCACAGAUAUAACGCGUACCCCAGCGACGCGGAGAAACUCACACUCAGCCAGGAAGCCAACCUCACUGUGUUGCAAGUUUGUAAAAUACUUAUAACUAAUCUUUAAAAUUAAAUAACGAAU